GGAAGGGCGGAGGGUGGACAGAGAGAUACUGCCUCUCAUUGUGCUCCCCUCUGACUGUAAGGAAAACAAUUUGAGAGGAGAGAAAGAAGCCAGGGUUAGCCGGGGCAUAAAGACGCGAGACAAAGAUUUGGGCCCAGGUUUUGGUUUUGGACUUGUGUCGAGAUGAAGUUUCUCCUCAGAGCUCUGAGCGCUCUGCUCUGCUGCUCUUUGUGCUCCUCACACACACUGGAUCCUGCUGGGAAGAACGUCUGCCACAACACCAGAGACCCCUCCACCCUCGUCUGUUGCACUGGAUGGCGUCAAGAGGGAAAAGAGUGCACUAUACCUGUGUGUGAGGGUGAGCAGGCCUGCCUAAAGGAGGAGAUCUGUGUGUUUCCUGGAGUGUGUCGCUGCCCACCUGGCUACUACGGAGCUCACUGCAAAACACGCUGUCCUCCCGAGUUCUGGGCUUCAGACUGCCGCCAGGUGUGUCGGUGCCACCCCCACGGCCAGUGUCACCCUGUCACCGGGGAAUGCACCUGCAACCCCAACCGCUGGGGUCCGCAGUGCCAGCACACCUGCAAGUGCGCCCGCCACGGCCACUGCCACCGGGUCCACGGGAACUGCACCUGCGACGAGGGCUGGUGGACGCCAACCUGCUCCAAGCCGUGCCAGUGUAUCAGGGGAGGCUCCGCGGGGCUAGGCUGCGACCAGCUGACAGGCCGGUGUCAGUGCAAAAGACGGCACUGGGGGCUGAAAUGUCUCGUCACCUGCAACUGCUACCUGUCGCCGUGCAACGAGCGGACGGGCGUGUGUGAGUGCGAGGCGGGCUGGUGGGGACCCAGCUGCGACCGGGUGUGUGGCUGCGACCCCGCGCACAGCAGCUGCGACCCGGCGGACGGCCGGUGCCUGUGCCACCCGGGGUACCAGGGUGUCGUCUGCAACCAUACCUGCGAGUCUGGGAAGUACGGCAGUAGGUGCAACACGAGCUGUGGUCAAUGUAAAGACAAGCAGCCCUGCUCCGCCACCGACGGCGCCUGCGCCGCCUGUGAACCCGGCUGGAACGGCACGCUGUGCAAAAGCAAGUGCCCGUCCGGCUAUUACGGCGACGGCUGCCGGGAGGAGUGUCCGCGUUGCAGGAACCACGAACCCUGUGACCGCGAAACUGGGGGGUGUGCGAGGUGUGACCCUGGAUGGACCGGACCCAGGUGUGAGGAGGCCUGCUCUGACAGGACGUUCGGAGACGCCUGCAGCUUCCUGUGUGGCCCCUGUUUCCAUGGUCACUGCCACCACGUGACAGGAAGAUGCGUCUGCCAGCCAGGCUUUCAGGGAGAGAGCUGUAACAGCAGCUGCCCCACCCUGCAGUUUGGCCUCAACUGCUCCUCUGUCUGUGACUGUGGUGAGGGGGUCGGCUGCCACUCAGUCACUGGAGUCUGCCCCAACAGUGGCAGAGGUGCUGUACUAGCAGGCGUGCUGGUCCCUUUGCUCCUGUUGCUGCUAGCUGUGCUCUGCUGCUGUUUGUGUUGUGGAGGAGGCCCUGCUGGUGGCAAAGACAGUGAAACUGUGGCUGAGGGAGGCUUGUCCGUUCGGAUGAAAUAUCACGUCUACAGCGUCCUGGCAAACAUCGGUGCUGCCCUCCCCUGUAUCUCUAAUUGGUCCUCUGGUCUGCCUCGUGUCACUGUAUCUCACCAUGACCCAGAGCUGACCUUCAACCACAGCUUCAUUGAGCCUCCGUCCUCUGGCUGGGUGACUGAGGGGUCUUCCUUCGACAGUGAUGAGGAGGAGGGAGAAGCUCUCUACUGUGUGCCUCCAAGAGAAGACAUCCCAGCGGUGGCAGGCGGUGAGUUCCAGGAGAUGAGCUCAAAGUGUAACAUGUUCUUAGACCCAUCAGGCUUCAGCAGCGAGGACAUCACCUCACCCUUCAGCAUACCUCGCACCUCCAGCAUUGCCAAGUCCAAGCGGCCGUCUGUCUCUUUUGCAGAGGGCACGCGCUUCAGCCCCAAGGAGAGGCGUGGCUCUGCUCAGGACCCUGGCGCUCUCCCUCGCAACAAACCCAAAUCCAGCUGGGGGGUUUUGAUGCUCUCCGCGCUCCAAAGUCAGGGAAGUGCAGCUAGACCUGGGGAGGAAGAUGCAGCUGAGGGUGAGGAGAGGGAAGAUGAAGAGGAUGUGCAGGCGACAGACAACCAGGAGUCAAGGUGUGAGGCAGGAGACCAGGAAGUAGACAGAACCCCAUCCCGAGCCACCUUGCAGGUCCCUGGGGCAUCAGGAAGAAGACGGACUUUGUCCAACACAGCUGUUCAUAAAGGGACCCAGUUGCCAACAUCUAGCUCUGAUGCUCAGGUGGGGGUCUCAAAUAAGGUCACUACAGUGUACGUGACAGUGGGUAAGGCAGGUCGGCCUGUACUGGAGACAAACUCUGAAGGCCCUGUUCAGGCCAUGCUGCGAAGACUCGGCAGCAUCCAGAGACAAAGGGAGCAGGACUCUGGAAAGUCAAAAUCCAAGGGAGGCGAAGGGAUUACCAAACCACCCAGGAGGAAGCUUGGAGCUCGUGCGAGUGUCUGGGAGCAGGGAGGGCCGUCUGGAGGGGAGGUUGGCGUAUGUAAGCCCAUGAGGAGGAAGCAUGCUUCCCACAACUCCUCUGAGACAGCGGGCGCUAAUGACACCCCACCAUCAGACAGCGGCACUCCAAAACGGCCACUGUCAUCCAUUUUGAAGAGCGUGCCAGAGGUGGCUUCAGCUGACUCAGGGUCAGAUCUGAGGGCUGAAGGAGACACAAGGCAGGACUGCAGCACAGGACAAACUGAGAGCGGCUACCUGACUGUGGGACCAGCCGGAGACGCUGCAAGUCUCACAGAGGUCAUAGCCAACGAAGGAGCAGUGGUCAGCGCGAACGAUGAACCCUGCUAUGAAAAUGUCAUGAUAAACCACUCGUGACCUCUGACUAACCACGUCAUCAGCAGGUCUGAUCUUAUUACAGAUGCAUAUUUAUUUUUCUGAGGUUAUCAUUGUUACAGAAACAAACUUAGUGACUACUGUAAAUUUUAGUUAACAGAUCACAAAUUCGUCAAUUAUGGUGUUAUUUUUAACAGUUGUGUAAAAGUGCAGCUUAUAUAUUGAUAUUUAUGCAGCGUGAUAUCACAAAAUGACAUGAUCCUUUAGCCUCAUCUCUAAGGAAUAUAGAUGAAACACCAGGUGUUGCAUUCAUUCAUCUCCAGUUUCACAUGAACAUGAGUAUUUGGCCAAUUGAGUGGUAAUUGUUUUUAUUUGCUCCAGUGAUGCACGUUGUGUUAGGUUUGUACAUACAAGUACUGUAAUACCUGGGCCUUUGUCUGCUUCUUGAGUCAGAAGGUAUAAACAGGCAUAAGGUUUGUUGUACAACGACAAGGACAGAUGACACAAAUAUCAUUACAGCUGUGAAGAAUGUAUCUCAUCACAGUACGAUGACCUGCGUUGUUAAUUUUGAUGAACACGGACAUGUUUUAAGCAUGAGAAUAAGAUUUGCUGCUGUACAUCCUGUAGACAUCUGUCAAAUGCCACAAAAAUUGAACUGGGUUGUUCUCUCUGUGCAUUAUGUUACAUUUUGCCCUGUUCUACCGAUCAGUACAUGUCAGAAAACUGGAAAUGUAAAAAUGUUUUCACAUCUACAACCUACGGUCAAAGUGUCCUCAAGCAUGAACCCACCUGUCACUGCACUCUGACUUCUGAUGUGACAGUUACAUAAUGCUGCUUUUGGGUAAAACACAUUAUUGCAAUUUAGGAAUUUUUCUUUUUCUUACUCAAAGAAAAAUCUGUAUGACCAAGGUUUUACGACUCCUAUCAUGUCAUGAGUGUUUUAUAUUUCCAAAUCACUGUAUAUAUAUGUGCACAAUUAAUAAUGAGGAAAUAAACGUGUUGAAUUCUGUAGAUACAUGACUUAGAAAACAUCAGUGAUUUCCUGUCUGUGUGUCUCUUUGAAUGGGGGCAAUGUAACAAAAUCCUCAAUUAUUAUGACCUGGAAUUUGUAAUUGUUGUAAACUGUUGCAGAUUAUUUAAAAAAACA